AUGCUUUUGAAGAGUUUAGCUACUUUAGCUGCUUCUGCUUUAUUUGCUGGUCAAGCUGCUGCUGACAGUUUACCAGAAAUCGAAAUCGUUGGUAACAAAUUUUUCUACUCUAACAAUGGUUCUCAAUUUUACGUUAAAGGUAUUGCUUAUCAAGCUAAUACCGACAACGUCACUACUGGUUCUACCAUUAAUGAUCCGUUAGCCAACGCUGAUGCUUGUAAGAGAGAUAUCCCAUAUUUACAAAAAGUAAACACCAAUGUUAUUCGUGUUUAUGCUAUUAAUACAAGUUUGGACCACAGCGAAUGUAUGCAAUCUUUGAACGAUGCAGGCAUUUACGUUAUUGCUGAUUUAUCUGCCCCAGAUGAAUCUAUUAACAGAGAUGCUCCAACCUGGACUGUUGAUCUAUAUCAACGUUACAAGGAUGUCGUUGAUGAAUUGGCUAACUACACUAAUGUUUUAGGUUUCUUUGCUGGUAAUGAAGUUACCAACAACUCUACUAACACUGAUGCUUCUGCUUUCGUUAAGGCUGCUAUUAGAGAUACCAAGAGUUAUAUUAAGCAAAAGGGUUACAGAAAUAUUCCAGUUGGUUACUCUUCAAAUGAUGACGCUGACACCAGAGUUCCAAUGGCUGAUUAUUUUGCUUGUGGUAAAGAUAGCAUUAAAGCUGAUUUCUACGGUAUUAACAUGUACGAAUGGUGUGGUUCUUCUACUUUCCAAAAAUCUGGUUACGCUGACAGAACUAAAGAUUUCCAAAACUUAACUAUUCCAAUCUUCUUCUCUGAAUAUGGUUGUAAUGAAGUUCAACCAAGAAAGUUCACUGAAGUUGAAGCUUUAUACGGUUCUAAUAUGACUAAUGUCUGGUCCGGUGGUAUUGUUUAUAUGUAUUUCGAAGAAGAAAAUAACUAUGGUUUAGUUACUAUUGAUAACAACGAAGUUUCUACUAAGGCUGAUUACAGUUAUUACUCUUCUGAAAUCGCUAAGGUUUCUCCAUCCAUUGCUAACACUAAAUCUUACAGUUCUAAUUCUUCUGCUACUAUGUCUUGUCCAGCUUCUCAAAAAUACUGGAAAGCCGCUACUGUUUUACCACCAACCCCAGAUUCCAAUAUCUGUGGCUGUAUGAGUGCUGCUGCUUCUUGUGUUGUUGAUAAGGAUGUUGAUGAAGAAGAUUAUCAAACUUUAUUUGACUACAUCUGUGGUGAAAUUUCCUGUGAUGGUAUCUCUGGCGAUGGUUCUUCCGGUACUUAUGGUUCUUACUCCUUCUGUUCUGCUAAGGAUCAAUUAAACUUCGUUUUGAACUUAUACUACGAAUCUAAUGGUAAAUCUAAGAGUGCCUGUGAUUUCUCCGGUUCUGCUUCUGUUCAAUCCGGUAGUACUAAGAGUGGUUGUUCUUCUAUCUUAAAGGCCAUUGGUACUGCUGGUACUGGUUCUUAUUCUGCUACUUCUGUUGGUAACAGCACUGAAACUAAAUCUUCUGACUCUGCUUCUGGUUCUUCUAUUUCUACCUCUACUAAGAAAAAUAAGAGUUCUUCUGGAUCUUCUCAAAAGGACGGUAAGGAUGCUGCCACUGGCUCUUCUUCUGCCUCUUCUACUUCCGGUUCAUCUUCCGGUAGCAAGAAUGCUGCUGUCUCUAACAUGAGAGUUAACAUUUUUGAAAUUCUUUUCACUUCUAUUUUAACCAUCUCAGUUGCAGCUGGUUUAGGUUUCGCAUUAGCUUAA